CCCUACACUCUCCCUACGAGCUGCCAACAGUGUGAUACCGUGACUUACCGCACAAAUCUGCAAGAUCUUUACACCAAACCUUGUCGGGUCACGUUUACGGACACCCCAGCAAUUCCAUUAUUCGUGAUGGCAUCCUCGCCAAAGCAGACGCCACCACCGGCGACACCGGAAUUUCUCAAACUCUCCUAUCCGGCACCGCGUGUUCUUCUUGUGAGAAUGGACCGACCAAAGGACCUCAAUGCCAUGUCCACAGCGGCACAAUGGGAGAUGGACUCGGUAUGGAAGUGGUUCGAUCAAGAGCCAAAUCUCAGCGUUGCAGUCAUCACCGGGACAGGACGGGCGUUCUCGGCCGGGGCAGAUCUGAAGGAGUGGAGCGGCAGCAUGGCGGCCAACGCCGACCCGAGUAAACGUAUGGGCAACGCUCCCGCCUUCAAACCCCUGAGCCGGCGACUAGGAAAGAAGCCCGUCAUUGCGGCCGUCAACGGCCUCGCGAUGGGCGGCGGGUGCGAGUUCGUUGUCAAUUGCGACAUCGUCGUAGCUGCAGAGGAUGCAUAUUUCGGACUUCCGGAGGUCAAGAGAGGCAUCGCGGCUAUCGGCGGCGCUCUGCCGCGGCUCAUACGGACAAUCGGUCUCCAAAGAGCAAGUGAGUUUGCACUAACGGGGCGGAAUGUUUCGGCACAAGAGAUGGCAGAAUGGGGGGUUGUGAACAAGGUGGUGCCCAAGGAGAACGUUGUUGAUGAGGCGGUGCGUUAUGCGAAAAUGAUUGCAGCCAAUUCCCCAGACGCCAUCAUCUGCACCAGAGCAGGUUUGAGACAGAGCUGGGAGACGGCAUCGGUAGAGGGGGCGGUCGAGCGGACUUUGGAAAACGAGUUUGCGGAGCUGCAGAAGGGCGAGAACAUCAUCGAGGGUCUCAAGGCGUUUUUCGAGAAACGAGAACCCAAGUGGAAGGGCAGUCGACUGUAACAGUAUGAUUCCAAAAACAAGGUCACCAGCAUAAAGGUUAUCGGAUCCUAUAUUGGCAACCCAGACCACCCACUUCUAUGUCUAUCUUCAUGCUCUGCCCAACCCACACGCAGUCCUUCGUGGCGAACAAGCUGAUAGUCCUAGCAGGCCACCGGCCUUGGCGACUCAGUCGACGAAGCUCAUGUGAGUUGGCAUGACAUACGAAUGCUUCUA